AUGCGUAUCUCUAACUUCCUUCUCGGCCUUCUAUACACUGCUAGCACCACACUGGGCUGCUAUGGGACUGGUUUCAAUCUCGGAGACUUGAAGGGCGGCCACCUGAGUAUCGAGGAGUGCAUCAAGGACUACUGCAAGGGCGUCCGCAUGGGAAUCAAAGGCCACCAGGCCAAGGACGCAUGCUAUCAAUUCACUCCUCCAAAAAGCGCGGGAUGGUGGGAUCCGGGAUGGUUUAAUAAGGGGCGGAAACUUGAUAUAAGCAUCAGGAACGAUCAUGCCACUACACAGGGCAUGAGUAAUGAGGAGUGCGAGGAAGUGUUCCUGAAGAUCUACAGAAAUUGUCCGAAAGGCUCUCUAGAACAACACAAAGGCUUCACCUUAUACAUAGACCCUAACCGUGGGGGGUGUUAG